AUGGCGACCCAAGUCGAGACCACAGCGUCCCAUACGGUACCACUAAGCUUGAGUGCCCGCUCUCAGCGCUUGCACCCGCACAUGAAGCCAUGGUUGAGGCGUCAUCAACCUGCAGCUCGUCGCAGCCAACACUCGGCGCCGGAUCAGGAGAGCGAAAGCCUUUCAAGGGAUGUCGGUGAGAGAGGUGCCGCGUCGACUCGAACACAGCCCAAAUGGUGGAGAAUUAGAGUCUUCCGUGGUAUGCUCGACGAUGUCAAAAGAAGAGCGCCAUACUAUUGGAGUGACUGGCAAGAUGCUUGGGAUUAUCGUGUCAUCCCUGCAACCAUCUAUAUGUAUUUCGCGAACAUCCUCCCGGCCCUUGCCUUUUCAUUGGAUAUGUUUUCAAAAACCGAUAUGAGCUAUGGCGUUAACGAAGUGCUUCUCGCUUCCGUGAUCGGGUCGAUCGUGUUCGCUCUGGCUGCUGCGCAGCCUUUGGUAAUUGUUGGUGUGACUGGUCCAAUCACGGUCUUCAACUACACAGUCUACGAUAUUGUUGUACCCCAGGGGAUCAAUUACUUCGCCUUCAUGUGUUGGAUUGGCAUAUGGGCUAUGAUAAUGCACUGGAUACUAGCAAUCACCAAUUCAUGCAAUGCCCUUACAUAUGUGACCCGAUUCUCAUGCGACAUUUUUGGGUUCUAUGUAGCGUUCAUCUAUCUACAGAAAGGCAUUCAGGUGCUGACCAUGCAGCGGGAAGCUGCUGGAGGCGAAUCAGCUUUUCUCUCGGUGACCAUCUCUUUACUUGUCUUAGGCUUCGCCUAUGGCUGUGGAGUUCUGGGCGAGAGUAAUCUCUUUCAGCGGCAUGUUCGAAAAUUCGCUGAGGACUACGGCACACCCAUUACAAUCAUCUUCUUUACCGGCUUCGUCCAUUAUGGCCACAUGAAGGACGUCCAAGUCGAGACCCUGCCUGUCAGCAAAGCCUUUGUCCCUACAACAGAUAGAAGCUGGAUGAUUCCUUUCUGGGAUCUUUCUGUUGGAAACAUUUUCCUUGCUAUGCCUUUUGCCUUACUUCUGACCAUCCUCUUCUGGUUCGACCAUAAUGGUGAGCGACCUCUUUCCAUUGGUGUGCUAGGGGCAAGUGGCUUACUUUCAGCAGUGUCCUCACUAAUAGCCCAGGGUACAGAGUUUCCACUUCGCAAACCUCCCGGGUUCCACUGGGACAUUUUUCUUCUGGGCCUCACGACAUUCAUCGCAGGCAUUCUCGGUGUUCCCUUUCCCAAUGGCCUAAUACCUCAGGCUCCCUUCCACACCAACUCGCUUUGCGUCACUCGCCAAGUCAACGACUCAGACGAAACCAACAAGGGCAAAACAAGUCGUAUCGUCGACCACGUUGUGGAACAGCGUGUCAGCAACCUCGCUCAAGGCUUGCUCACCCUUGGAACCAUGACCGGCCCCUUUCUCAUUGUCCUUCAUCUCAUCCCACAAGGAGUCUUAGCUGGUCUCUUCUUCGUGAUGGGCAUUCAGGCACUGGUCGGCAACGGCAUCACCCAAAAGAUGCUCUUCCUAGCCCGCGAAAAGUCCCUCACCCAAGGCUCCGAUCAGCUUGCCCGUCUGGAGCGCAGAUCUUCGGUAUGGAUCUUCGUAUCAAUCGAAUUACUAGGGUUCGCAGCCACAUUUGCCAUCACCCAGUCCAUCGCCGCUAUCGGUUUUCCCGUCUUCAUCCUCCUCCUGAUCCCCGUUCGCACUUUUCUCAUGCCCAAGUGGUUCCGGCCAGAGGAGCUCCGUGCGCUGGACGCGCCGACUGCUGGCGCAUUUGUGAUGGAGAGUGUUGGCGGAGCGUAUGGCGAGGAUCCCGGCAGCAACGGUAAUGGGGACAGCGGCCUCGGGCCGACUGAAGGUGGCGUACAGACAAGCCACCCGCUCAGUGGUCAGGAAAGUACUAUCGACGAUACGUUGGAAAGAGGUGAGAGCUAUGAGUUGAGGAUCCAGGGCCAAAGCCAAAGUCAGACACAAAGGUCUGCAGUGGGCAUGAUGAGGCGUGCAGGAGUAGCGCCAGCAGAGGAUUAG